GAUGGCCCAGAGAAGGUCGGCGACGGCCGCGGAGAGUGGCAAGGUGACGAAGGCCAGUACAACAUCAACUGGCAGGAUCCGAAUAUCGGGAAGAAGCAGGGGGAAUACAAACCCGAAGAGCCCCUGGAUGACGAAUGGCUCGAGCCAAACGACGUCAGCGCUGUGCCCGACGAGUUCGAGGACGAUGAAUCCGACGAACGCAGGCCACGGCGUCGCCAGCGGCCGCUGCGACGCCGCGCCCGCACGCGCUACAUGGAGGACGGGUCCUCGGCUUCUGCCGUGCAGGCACCGCGGGCGCGCGCUGAAGUGCCGCCCCGCAGGGAGCCUUGGAGGCCCCCGGUCUUUCGGCCCAGCGGGCCGGGGGGAGCGCCCAGAGAGAACACUCCGUUGCCUCCUCGCGGCCGGCGAGAGGCGCCUCGCAGGGGUCAGAGCAGGCCGGAGAGGCAGCCUUCCCAGCAGCAGAGGAGGAUCGAGCUGGAGCCGCCAGUUCGGCCCGUGAAUCUGGAGGCCAUGGCCGCUAAAGGCCUGCCGAAGAUGAACCUCUACCAGCGCCACGGCCGCAGGCUGGAGCCCUACGAUUUCGAUUACUACGUCAUCCGGGAGCUCGGCUUGGAGAAGAAGGUCACCAAGCAGCUGCGGCAGUGGAUCUACGAAAAGGGA